AUGGAGUACUUCGUCCAUUUGUGGGUCCUUGUUGUCCUCGCUGUUCUCACGCAUUUCGAAGAAGAUGGAGCGUGUACAGCACAAAUCGUGGACUUGUAUUCAUGGCCGAGGCCGGCCGUACCAUUCAUUCCCUGGGGAAAACAGGACCAGAACGAUCAGCAAUCGGGUCCGGGCAGGGCGGCGCAGGGACAAGCAGGCUUGAUAAUGUUCAAGAAUCGUGGUCAUCUCACCAGGGAGCUCAAACUCCUGAUUCACCCUCUGACAUGCGCCCGUGAGGAGUGUUUUAUUUGCCGAGACAACCACAGUCGAGAAGCCACCGAGGCUGCGGCCGAAAAGGAUGGGCACUGGAUCUCCACCGACGCGACAACUCUGCUCGCCCAAAGACGCAUGCUGCUGCCGGGCCUGGUAAGACUGGUGGUCGACUACCCCCAGACCCUUGGCCAGCACGAAUUGGCCUACUUUGAUCUGGCCCUGGAGGAUGGUUGCCCCGAAGCCGAUAUUGGGUGCAGGAACAGCGCCACCGGCCACGCAUUAUCCACUUCGAUCGGCGAGAGUACGGGCCCGCCUUCCUUGACCAACCUGACAAUUUUCAACUUCCACCGCCCCUCGAGUCUACCUUCUUCUCAACUGAUGUGUGGAGGCAGUUUCUAA